GAACUCUUCCACUCUAUGCAUGUGGAGUACUAUGCUUUGGAACUUGAUGUAACAGCUGAUGGACCUAGUAUUCAGCAUGUGUUAGCAGAGCUAACUAAUCAGAGGACAGUGCCUAAUGUAUUUGUGAAUGGAACACACAUAGGCGGCUGUGAUUCAACUUAUCAGGCUUAUCGUGAUGGAUCUCUGCAGAAACUUCUUGGGGAUAGCAAUGGUGCAGAACCAUAUGAUUAUGAUCUAAUUAUUAUUGGUGGUGGCUCAGGUGGACUUGCGUGUUCCAAGGAAGCUGCUGCCUUGGGAAAGAAAGUAAUGGUAUUGGAUUAUGUUGUUCCAACGCCUCUCGGAACCACGUGGGGACUUGGUGGCACGUGUGUAAAUGUAGGUUGCAUUCCUAAGAAGCUAAUGCAUCAAGCAGCACUUCUGGGUCAAGCGCUCCAAGAUUCAAGGAAGUACGGGUGGCAGUAUGAAGAACAAGUUAAGCACAACUGGGAGGUCAUGGUGGAAGCAAUUCAAAACUAUAUUGGUUCUUUAAACUGGGGUUAUCGAGUGUCCUUAAGAGAGAAGUCUGUGACAUACCUCAAUUCUUACGGAGAAUUCGUUGAACCACACAAAAUUAAGGCAACUAAUAGAAAAGGACAAGUAACCUAUCACACAGCAGAGACUUUUGUCCUGGCAACAGGAGAAAGGCCUAGAUAUCCGGGUAUCCCUGGAGAUAAAGAAUACUGUAUUACAAGUGAUGACCUCUUCUCCUUGCCUUACUGCCCUGGCAAAACUCUAGUUGUGGGUGCUUCCUACGUGGCUCUAGAGUGUGCAGGAUUUCUUGCUGGUCUAGGUCUGGAUGUCAAAGUGAUGGUGCGUUCCAUACUCCUUCGGGGCUUUGACCAAGAAAUGGCAGAAAGAAUAGGUGCUCACAUGGAAACACAUGGCGUAAAGUUCAUCAGGAAGUUUGUACCUGUUCAGGUUGAACAGCUGGAGGAAGGCAUGCCUGGGAGACUGAAAGUGACAGCAAAGUCUACGGAGGGACCAGAAACCUUUGAAGAAGAAUAUAACACUGUUUUGCUAGCCAUUGGUCGUGAUGCAUGUACCAGAAAUAUUGGCUUAGAGACAGUUGGUGUCAAAAUCAAUGAGAAGAAUGGGAAAGUACCUGUAAAUGAUGAAGAACAAACCAAUGUGCCUUAUGUUUACGCUAUCGGAGAUAUAUUGGAUGGAAAGCUUGAACUUACUCCAGUUGCCAUCCAGGCAGGGAAACUGCUAGCCCGCAGGCUUUAUGGGGGUGGUUCCACAAAGUGUGACUAUAUCAAUGUACCAACGACAGUGUUUACUCCUUUAGAGUAUGGCAGCUGUGGGUUAGCUGAAGAAAGAGCCAUAGAAGAAUAUGGCAAGCAAAACUUGGAGGUUUAUCACACUUUGUUCUGGCCACUUGAAUGGACAGUACCAGGCAGAGAUAACAAUACUUGUUAUGCAAAGAUUAUCUGCAAUAAAUACGACAACAAUCGUGUGAUAGGAUUUCAUGUUCUUGGACCUAAUGCUGGUGAAAUUACCCAAGGUUUUGCUGCUGCAAUAAAAUGUGGUCUCACCAAAGAAUUACUUGAUGAAACAAUUGGUAUCCAUCCAACUUGUGGAGAGGUGUUCACUACAAUGGAUAUUACAAAAUCUUCAGGACAAGACAUCAGUCAAAGGGGUUGCUGAGGUUAAACUUGCUGUUUUACAUGUUUUCAUGUUGUGCACUCUUAGUUCUGUGGAAGCCCUAAUACAUCCAGCUGCUUUGCAGCAAAAUAAAUAUUUGCAUCAAUACCACUGUAUUUACUGCAGCUGGGAGUGAUGCCUCUGAGGCUUCCUCAGUAAAUAGUGUUGCGAAUGGAAACAGUAAUACAGCAGGGAAGUCCUGAACUGUAAAUCCUGACUUUGUGUGGAACCAGCACUACGGUGCUUUUUUGAUGUUCCGGCUCGGAACCUUAUUGUGAGGUGAGCCAUGACUGAUGGGUGCCAUGCAAGGUUGGGAGAUCUCUUCGUCCAGUCAGAUGAC